AUUCAUCACUCCGACAGUCACUCGACCUUUCCUAUCAUAUCUCAACUAUUCGCUCCUUGAACCUACUUAUGAGGUUGGUGUUAUAACGUUGAAUUUUCGAGCUGGGAUCCUGGGUCGAGCGUCGACCACAGUGAAAAGAUGAGUGACAGCGGCAGCGCUCAGAAAACCCAGGGCAUCACCCUGAUCGCCUUCGUUACUGCCCUCAAUGUCUCGUUGGUGGUCUUCGGUGUCCAAACGGGACUUUUCCUAUUAUUGAGAAAUAAGAUCUCUAGAAUAUUCAAGCCCAAAACAUAUCUCGUACCCGAACGCGAACGAACAGAACCUCCGCCUAGUAGUCCGUGGGGUUUAGUUAGUACUCUACUCCGGUUCCGAGAUCGUGAAAUCAUUAAAAAAUGCGGCCUCGACGCCUACUUUUUCCUCCGAUACCUUCAGACCCUACUCGUUAUAUUUAUACCCAUGGCCUUAGUCAUCAUUCCGAUCUUAGUACCGGUCAAUUACGUUGGCGGAAUUAGUCGCAACUUUUCAUCAAAUAGCACCGAAGAUGACAAUGUCAACUCUACCGAUCCCCAAGGUGUCGAUUAUAGCGACCCUAGUGAGCCAAGAUCCAAUAUCACUGGAUUAGAUACUUUAGCUUGGGGAAAUGUGAAGAAGGAUCAGACUAACAGAUACUGGGCACACCUCGUCCUCGCAGUAUUAGUCAUCAUAUGGGUUUGCGGUGUCUUCUUUACCGAGCUAAGAGUUUAUAUCAAGAUUCGCCAGGAUUGGUUAACAACAGCAGAGCACCGUCUACGAGCUUCCGCCACUACUGUUCUGGUGAGCGGUAUUCCCGACAAAUGGCUGACUGAAGAUGCCCUUAGAGGUCUCUUCGAUGUAUUUCCAGGAGGACUUCGAAACGUAUAUCUUACACGAGAUCUAACACACCUUUUGGACAAGAUCGCCAAACGAGACCUCAUUCAUCAGCAAUUAGAAGAUGCCCUAACUGAUCUUAUCAUAAUGGCCAAGAGAGCACAGCUUAAGAAGAGGGAGCAAGAUGAGAAACAGGCACGCAGAGCGUCCAAGUCUCACCGUCCCACCAAGGGAGAGAAACUUGAGCGCCAAAAGAGAGAGGAUGACGCAGCGAAAAGACAAGCUGAAGGUGGCCAUGGAAUAAGUAGUGGUGAUCGACACGAGGUGCCGCAUGAUUUAGAGGAGGCCGAGGCCGAAGCCGAAGCCGAAAUUAACCACGGUGUUAGACCAUCUACUGGGCACAGUAUGACAACCGGGUUUUCAAAAGUGACGAAAGUAACCGGAGGGAUUGGCAAGGGAGUCGGUGCUGUGGGCCACGAGGUUUUUGGAGGUGCUAAAAGGAUCACGCGCGGUCUCGACAAUCAAAUCGAAACGACGAGCGGCUUUGUGGCGAUAGGACCGCCGCAGGGCUCCUCGUCUGCCCCCCCUAGUCGUGAAUCAGACCGCCGCCAUGUACAACUGCCGGAUGAGAAAGAUCUACCGAGACCAUCAUUUCAGAGCUCAAAUCAUCCCCAAGGUAUGAGAUCUGAGGAUCGUGUCAUGGGAGCACAAACAGCACAGGGACAUUCGCAUGCCGGCUCCAGCAUAUCUCAGGAUUCCAUGAUCAAGAAGGACAGCGUUGAACUGCGACACUUAGGAAACACUACCCGCAAGCUUACCAACCUUGAAGACAUGCAAGACAACGAACCUAAACAAUGGUAUCAGUUCUGGAAACCUCCGGAGGGUGGAUACGCGUCCCCUGUCCCCCAGGGAUACCAGGGCGACGAUUUUCCGUCUAAGAAGAAGGAGAAAACGGGUUGGGAGAAGGUUAAGUCAUGCAUUCCAUUCAUGGGCGGCGAGGAGCUCGAGCCAGUGGAAUACCCUGAAGCCUACAAUGGAGAAUGGAAAGAGGAGCAAGACGCUGGAGCAGAAUGGGAGAAGUGGGUUAAGAAGUCCAAACGACCGACCCAUCGUCUUGCUAUCUUUGAAUGGACGCCCACUUGGCUUCCUGGACUUCCCCUUCUCAACAAAAAGGUUGAUACUAUUUAUUGGUGCAGGAAAGAAUUGGCGCGGCUCAACCUAGAGAUCGAAAUCGACCAGAAAAAUCCAGAACGUUACCCGCUCAUGAAAUCGGCAUUUAUCCAAUUCAACCACCAAGUCGCCGCUCACAUGGCCUGCCAGAGCGUCAUCCAUCACGUCCCGAGACACAUGGCCCCUCGUACCGUUGAAAUCUCUCCCGACGAUGUGCUGUGGGAAAAUAUGGCUAUUAGCUGGUGGUCAGAGUGGCUCCGAACUGCUGUUUCCGUGGCCGUCGUGGUCGGUAUGAUCAUACUAUGGGCUUUCCCGGUCGCCUUCACGUCUUCGAUUUCGCAAGUCAGCACGUUGACAGACGAAUUCCCGUGGUUAAGUUUUAUCGACGAUAACAAGACGAUUCAGAAUAUCGUUUCAGGUGUUGCCGGUGUUCUGCCCGCCAUUAUCCUCGCCCUCCUUCUCUGGUUGGUGCCCAUUCUAAUGGGCUUCCUUGCUGGCUUUAAAGGAGCUAAGACAGGGGCCCAGAGAUCAGAGACUGUCCAAAAGUUCUAUUUCUCGUUCCUAUUCGUUCAAGUGUUUCUGGUCGUUUCCCUUGCUACCGGUGUACUCCAGACACUAGAGGAUCUUGCGAACCACCCAACGAUGAUACCGGAUCUUUUAGCGGAGAAUUUGCCGAAAGCUGCUAAUUACUUCUUCUCUUACAUGAUUCUACAAGCUCUCAGUGUGAGCUCAGGUACAUUGUUACAAAUCGGCGCCCUCCUCAAUUGGUAUGUAAUCGCGAGAAUGAUGAACAAGACUGCUCGAAAUAAGUGGUCUACCAAUACCAAGCUUCCCGAGGUUAACUGGGGAACGUACUUCCCUGUAUAUACGAACUUCGCCUGUAUCGCAUUGAUCUAUUCCGUCGUCGCCCCGAUUAUUUCUAUUUUCGCUAUCAUCACCUUCAGCCUGCUCUGGAUGGCGAACAGAUACGCCAUGAUUUACGUGAACCGAUUCACCAUCGACACUGGCGGCGUGCUUUAUCCCCAGGCCAUCAACCAGACGUUUACGGGGCUCUAUGUGAUGGAAUUAUGCCUUGUCGGCUUGUUUUUCCUUGUCCGAGACCAAAACGGCGAAGUCGCAUGUGUCCCGCAAGCGAUCAUCAUGAUUAUCUCAAUCUUCCUCACCCUCAUAUACCAGUUUCUUCUGAAUAGGUCUUUUGGACCAUUAUUCCGAUACCUACCUAUUACAUUCGAGGACGAAGCUGUACUGCGUGAUGAAGCAUUCCAGCGUGCACAGGAUCGCCGUUUCGGCCUUGUCGGAGAUGACGACGAUGAUGGGAAAGAGGAGGCACCGCGACAUCACGAAGACGGAAGUCACAUCACUUCUAUGGACGGCGCCGACGACAAGACCGGGCGAGGUAACAAGUUUACUAAUUUCAAACCUGUUAAAGGCAUUGUCCGUGCUGGUACGUGGGCUACCCGUGGCGGGAAGACCACUUAUGACCGCACUCUCGGCAAGGCAGGAAGAGGACUCAUGAAUGUCAACAAUACUAUCAACAAGUACCGAGAGGAACGUCGAAAGAGGGAUCUAGAAGCGCAGAGAGCCAUCGGUGACGCUCUAUACGGUGAUUUCCACGAUGAAAUAGAGGAUCUCACUCCCGAAGAACGAGACGUGCUUGUGAGACGCGCAUUCAUGCACUCGGCGCUCCGUGCAAGACGACCGACGGUCUGGAUUCCCCGCGAUGAUAUCGGAGUCAGCGACGAUGAAAUAAGAAGAACGAAAGAGUUCAGCGAGCACAUAUGGAUCUCCAACGAAGGUACCGCGCUCGACAGCAAAGUACGGGUUGUCUACGGGCGGGCGCCCCCAGACUUCUCAGAAUUAGAUAUUAUCAGUCUCUGAAGAGGAGGAGACAGAUGAACAGAGGUGAACUGGAUUGUAUAUAGAAACAUACGAUGGAAUGACCAGUCUGGGAUUGUUGCAUAGCAUGCGGAGAACUAUACCCCAAUGUUGCAUUAGCAUUAUUAUUAUUUGCAAAUAGACCCCGGAUCAAAGAGGCAUUGGAUUCUGGAUUUUGGAUUUUGCCUAAGCUUGUGCUAAAGAGUCAACGUGAACGUGACUGAAUAAACAUUCCUUAAGGGCGUUGAGGGGGGUGAGGUCUCGAAAAUUGGUUGGGUGGGUGAGAAGUUGGGUUAGGUAUAUAGACAUAUGUAAUUGUAAUUAUUUUGUAAGACUCAA